UGCCCUUUUUGCUUCAAACCCCGGCUCUCUCUGCCUUUGGUUUCUGGGUCCGGCAUAAUCUGAGGAAUCCAUGUGGCUCGGUGUUGACCGAGAGUAGUGGAUGCAGUUGGCAGCGGCCGAGGUCGGCCAGGCUGCCGCCWGGCUCCUUCUCGCCUUCUAGGUCUGCUGGGCCCGCUGACCCUCUAGCCGCCUCUCCACCAGGUUUCCAGCUACUGAUGUUACAAACAAUAAAAUACGGGAGCACAGAAUUGAGGAAAAGACUUAAACCAGGACUUUUCUUCAAUUAGUUAAAAAUAUGGAUCCUGAAAAAGGGAGCUCACAGACUGUGAAAGUGACACCUUUUCAGCAAAUUCUUGCCUCCUGUACUGGAGCAAUAUUGACAUCACUAAUGGUAACACCCCUGGAUGUUAUUAAAAUUCGACUCCAAGCCCAGCAUACCCCAUUCCCCAAAGGAAAAUGUUUUGUAUAUAGUAAUGGACUCAUGGAUCAUAUGUGUGUCUGUGAAGAGGGAGGCAACAAAGCAUGGUAUAAGAAGCCAGGAAAUUUUCAGGGGACAUUGGAUGCCUUUUUUAAAAUCAUUAGAAAUGAAGGCAUUAAAUCCCUGUGGAGUGGCCUUCCUCCUACUCUAGUGAUGGCAGUUCCUGCCACAGUUAUUUAUUUCACCUGCUAUGAUCAAUUAAGUGCUUUUCUGAGAUCUAAAUUAGGAGAAAAUGAAACCCGAAUACCAAUUGUUGCUGGAAUUGUGGCCAGAUUUGGUGCAGUAACUGUGAUAAGUCCGUUAGAAUUGAUUAGAACCAAGAUGCAGUCUAAGAAGUUUUCUUAUGAGGAACUGCAUCGAUUUGUCAGCAAGAAAGUAGCUGAAGAUGGUUGGAUUUCACUUUGGAAGGGCUGGGUUCCCACUAUCCUUAGAGAUGUACCUUUCUCAGCAAUGUACUGGUAUAACUAUGAAAUUUUAAAGAAGUGGUUGUGUGAGAAAUCUGGUUUAUAUGAACCCACAUUUAUGAUCAACUUUACUUCAGGGGCAUUGUCUGGUUCUUUUGCAGCUGUUGCAACUUUACCAUUUGAUGUGGUAAAAACUCAAAAGCAGACUCAACUUUGGAUAUAUGAAAGUCAAAAAAUUUCUAUGCCUUCCCACAUGUCAACCUGGUUUAUAAUGAAAAAUAUUGUUGCUAAAGAUGGAUUAUCUGGAUUAUUUACAGGCCUGAUUCCUCGAUUAAUUAAAAUUGCUCCUGCUUGUGCCAUUAUGAUCAGUACAUAUGAAUUUGGAAAGGCUUUUUUCCAGAAACAAAAUAUUCAAAGGCAACAAUUCUAGCGAUGCCAUUUCAACUUGAAACAACAAUAACCAAAUAAGGUGUAGAUUCUUGGGCAAGAACUUUUUUUCACGUUAUUCUGUUACAAUGAUUUUAUGUUUUUCUUUUCAAUAAUUUAAAUGAAUAUUUCUAUUGUACCUCUUAAGUCAUAAUCCCAAUUUUAAAAUAAAAAUUGUCUUAUUUUUGGAGAUUUUUUAAAAGAUAAUUUAGAAAUCACAACCACUUAGUAUUAUUAUAAAGAAAACUGAAAAUUAUUCCAUAAUAUCAAAAGCAGUUUCUGAGAAUUUGAUAUAYAUACAUUUCAGUGUAACUUAAUCUUAUUGUAUGUCAGAUACAUCAGAAUUGUUUUAGUUGUGUGCUAAAUAAUGUGUAGCAUGGAAGGAAAAAAGUUCAUCUUGUGCACAUAUAAAUCAUGUACAUAGAAAUUUUAGUAGAUAAUAGAAGGCAAUUGUUAAAUAACAUAUUUGCCAGAUAUUACCUGUUAAUUUCUUAAAUCCAAAUGCAUUGUUUGGCACCCAAGUUACUCUGUUAGGGUCUUAYGUGAAUUAGGAUUUCUCUAAUUAAAGGAAUGACAAUUUAAUCUA